ACCAACGAAUUUCUCUCUCUAUCUUUUCUUUUCUUUUAUUUUUUUUACACUCUUUUUCUUUCUAAUCUCCCAGAGACUUCUAGAAACAUCAAAAUAUAUUGUCUCUCUGUGUUCGUCGUAGCUUGUCUGCUAUGGUUUGAUUUUUCACCUGUCUGGCUCCUGAGAAAAUAAUAAUAAAAAUAAAAAUAAUUACUAAAAGAAGAGGAAGAAUAGACCUUGUCUCGAUUUGGUUGAACGAGUCCUCGCCUUUCAGGUAAUUAUGAUGACAAACACAGAAUUAUUUAUUUAGUUAUUUAUUCAGAUAUGGCAACAAGAACAAGAAAGGUUUAGAUGAUUUUGUUGUUCUGAGUAAGCCACUACGUAGUAGUUGAAACAAUCCGUGUUAAUGGAAGCUUGACAUCUCGUAGUUUUUGUUUUUUUCUGGGCAACGAAGCGGAAAUUAUUGUUGUUGAUAUUAUUUAAUGGAUAAAGUAGGAGAGUAAACGGUAAGGAAUUUGUUGAGAAAGUUGAUAUAGUUGAGUUACGGUUGGGAUCUGAGAGAUUGAGUCUGGGCUACAUGGCGCCAUUGCCAGUCGAACAGAUUGGGGAGUCGGGACAUAGUGGUAGCGGAGGAGGUGGUGGCGGUGGCGUCAGUGGUGGCGGUAGUGGAGGAGCAGACUCGCAGAGGACACUUCCAACGCCAUUUUUGACCAAGACGUAUCAACUUGUUGAUGAUCCAGCCGUUGACGAUUUGAUUUCAUGGAAUGAUGAUGGAUCCAGCUUCAUCGUUUGGCGACCAGCUGAAUUCGCCAGAGAUUUGCUUCCAAAGUACUUUAAGCACAACAAUUUUUCUAGCUUCGUUCGUCAGCUCAACACUUAUGGAUUUCGGAAAGUAGUACCGGAUCGGUGGGAAUUUGCGAACGACUGCUUCAGGAGAGGUGAGAAAGGACUCCUCCGUGACAUUCAACGCCGCAAGAUCUCGCCGACUGGAGCUGCUGCCGCGGCUACGGCUGCCGCGGCAGCAGCUGUGACCGUCUCGGCGGUUCCGUUGGCGGCGCUUGUUUCUCCUUCGAACUCCGGUGAGGAGCAGGUGAUCUCCUCGAACUCUUCGCCAGUGGCUCCUCCCGUCGCUGCCGUGCACUGUAUGACCAGUUGUACGACCGUGCCGGAGCUUGUGGAGGAGAACGAGCGUUUGAGGAAAGAGAACUCGCAGCUGAGCCACGAGCUAACUCAGCUUAGGGGAUUGUGUAACAAUAUACUAACGUUGAUGACAAACUUCGCCUCCAACCAGAUGGUAGCCGGUGGAGGAGGAGGUGUGGCGGAGGAGAAACCUAUGGAUCUCAUGCGUGCGUCGGAGGUUACCGCAGCUAACGGCGGAACACCGGCGGGUUUGAACCCCGAGGAACGGAAGGAUGAGGAUGAGGACAUUAGACCGAGAUUGUUUGGAGUCUCGAUUGGGGUUAAGCGCGCGAGAAAAGACGAAGAGGAGGAGGGAGAUGAGGAUGGCCAGAACCAGCAACAGCCGAUCGUACGAGAUCUCGGACACGAAGUGAAAUCAGAGCCUUCGGAUGCACACUCAUCUGACCAUAACCAGGACCCUUCCGGUGACCGGCGGCGCAUGGUUCAACAGCAGCCACGCGGUGGUUCAGUACCUCGAGGAGGGGUCUGCGGUUUCUAAUAUUGAGAAAUUCGAUCUAGACAACUCGGUGAUCGACGUUAUUGAUAUCGUUAAGGAUUCGGUAGCUCCGCUCUCUCCAAGAAGCUGCUCUUUCAUCUGUUCUGUUUCAGGGUGUGCCAAGGAGGUGUGAGGAUGACCUGGGGAAACUGUUCUCAAAUCAGAGCUGUUGGAGAAAAUGAUGAGUACCCUCCUCGUUAUUUGGAUAAUAAUUUGAUUGGCACUACUAACCUGUACGAGGUUCUGACAAGCUACAGCCGUUAAAUGAUUCUUUUCUCAUCUUCUGCAACCGGUUACUGCCAGCAUGAAAAGAUACCAUAUUUUGGGAACUUCAUAUGGCCUUACCAGCUUUUCGUGGAAAAAAUUAUUCGAGGUUACCAAAGGGCUCAUCGAAGUGGUAAAAAUUGGUGAAGAUCCAAAGGGCUUCCUAAACAAUUUGAUGUCUUGCAUAAAGUGGCUGCCAGGUAGGUAGCUGUCUAAAGGUUACCAAGCCUAAUGUAUGCUGCCAUGCUUACUGGACAAAGAUGGUAUUAAAGUAAGUAAACCCAUCACAUAUGUAAAGUUAAACUCAUAAUUACAGUCCUAACACAUCAAUAUAUUUUAUCGAUGGGCUCAGUCAGCAGAUGCAGUGACAUUGCUGCUGUCCGGAAGUAUUUCUUUUACAACAGAAAACAUAGUAGGUACUUUUUCCCUUCAAUUAAAAUCACAUUGCAUAUUAAAAGUUUGUAACAUAUAUCUAUGGAGUCGCAUUUGUUUGUAAAAGAUGUACAUUUUUGGCUGGCAUACCAUAAAUAAAAAUGUGAGAAUUCAUAGGUAA